AUGAUAGAGUACAAGCGGUUCAAGUAUAAGGCAAAGCUGGCAGAUGAAACGGUGGAUGCUUACAACUAUUACGGGGACGAAUCGGUACCCCGUGUAGCUGAAACAAUGAAUGAGCAGAUGAAGUGUAUCGACUAUACCUUCAAUGUAGGUGGUCACUUCCAGGCGGCUGGGCAUCUGGCCAUAGGCUGGAAUGUUGGUAUCGGCGGAAGAACACUGAACGCAGAGCGGCUGGAUGUAGGCACGGCUUGGAAUGUGAUCUUGGCUAGUCCGGAUGGGUACCACCCACCAUUAAUGACUGCGCGGAAGGCAGCGCCCCUACAAACCAUGGUACCAACAUCCCAGAUCGGAAGAGCUGCACGCACCCGCCGCCGGAUGGAACGCAAAGAAGAAAAAGGCGAAGUGGAAGAUGCUAACCUGGUAUUGAGAUCGGUAAUUAUGAAGGCAGAUGGCAGCAUCCAGGUAUUGGGUGAGGAAUCUUAUUCUGUGACCACCACCUACUAUAACGGUCGUACCACGCACACCCGCACCACCUACUAUUAUAAUGAUAUUAUGGCCAUGGAGAUAGGUAGCGAUGGAGAAAUGCGUUGGGUGAAAAAAAUACCUAAAUCACAGGCUGGUAUGUCUGGCAGAGGCGGUAUGUCUUUCAAGAGCUUUAACUACAAUGGCGACACGUACUUCUUCUUUAUGGACCACAAAAAGAACCUGGACAUUAAAAAGGAUGAGACCCCGGCCACCCAUUCCGAUGGCGCUGGCGGUAUCCUGAUGGCGGUGCGGAUUGACCAGGAUGGCAAUAUGAAAAAGGACGCCAUUUUCGAUGUGCGUGAAGAUAAACUGACGCUGACGGUCUCCGACUUUAAGCGGGUAGACAAUCACCAGAUCAUGGCCGGUAAGAUCGAUUAUAUCCUCGUUAGCGGAGACAAUGGAGACGAAGCGUAUAAUGAGCCGGAGACCAUGCAGGCAGACCUGCUGGCCGGCGGCAUCCCGCCCGAUCGUAUCAUCCUGGACUACGCCGGUUUCCGGACACUGGAUAGCAUUGUACGUUGUAAGGAAGUAUUUGGUGAAGACAAUAUCAUUGUUAUCUCGCAGCAGUUCCAUAAUGAGCGGGCCUUGUUUAUAGCACGCUAUAAAGACAUUGAUGCAAUCGGGUUUAAUGCCACGGAUAUAAGUAUGAAGCGGGGCUUUAUGGUACAGGCGCGUGAGAAACUGGCGCGGGUAAAAAUGGCGCUUGAUCUGCUGGUAAAUAAGGAGCCUAAGUUUUACGGGCCAAAGAUCAGGAUCGGUUGA